CAUGGCGGAUCACGUUCAUACUCAAAUUUGGCUGUAGAGUACGUACUAUUUUAGCGCUCGUUAAAUAAGAAUUUGUUGAAAUGAAGUACCUUCUCAUUGAGUAUGUAAUUUCGGACGCAGACGUACUCAAGAUUUGAAGCUUUUUUGAAGAUCCCGCCUCGCGGCGAUGACGUCAUCACCAGAGCGCGCUCUCUAGUCAGCGUGAGUCUCCUGAGGAGAGACAUUCAUGGCCAUUGAAGCUCCUCCAAUGACAAUUACACAUUUAGUAAUUUAGCAAUAAAUGCUAAAGUGAAGACGAGCAUUAAAUCAUCAGGAAGAUCUGAAAUCUGUAAAGACUGAGUUUAUUAAAGAGGACAGAGAGAAGAUGAGAGAUCCAGAACCCGGCAGAAUCAAACACACUGAAGAUACUCAAGAAGAAACAGAGUUGAUUGAAGAAGAUGAAGAAAAUGAAGAAUUCAGCGAAACCGAAAAGAAUAAUCAUGUCAAAAAUGGAGAACAACAUUUGAGUUGCUCUCAAACCAAACAGAGAGAUUUAAUGAAAAGAAAAGCCAAGAAAUCUUUCACCUGCACUCAGUGUGGAAAGAGUUUCUCAUUCAAACAUCAUCUUCUGCUUCACGUGAGAGUUCACACUGGAGAGAAACCAUUCACUUGUGAUCAAUGUGGGAAGAGUUUCACACGUUCAGAAAACCUUAAGGAUCACAUGAACAUCCACACUGGAGAGAAACCUCACAAGUGUUCACACUGUGACAAGAGAUUCAGUCGGUCAGGAGACAUGAACAGACACAAGGUAGUCCACACAGGAGAGAAACUGCACAUAUGUGAUCAGUGCGGGAAGAGUUUUGCACUAAAACAACAAUUUAAGGCACAUGUGAGAGUUCAUACUGGAGAGAAACCGUACAAGUGUUUAUACUGUAACAAGAGAUUCAGUCAGUCGGGAAACCUGAAGACACACAAGAGGAUCCACACUGGAGAGAAACCGUAUCACUGCACUGAAUGUGGGAAGUGUUUCAAUCAUUCAGUUUCUUUACACAGUCAUACAAAAAACAAUCACAGCAAGUAGAUCAUCUUCAGAUCAAGCACUUUCAGAUCUGAUGCAGCGUACUCAACCGAUGAGACACAAUAAUGCAUCGAGCAGUGAAAUAUCAUCUGGAUGAAUUCAAAAGCAGCAGAUUCAACUGUGAGAUUCAGAUCAACUCAAAGAUGGUGUUCCUCCCCAAAGAACAAUAUCACAGAUUAAUUAUUUUUCUUCAAUGUGCUUGCUUAUGCGUUUUAUAUUAUGUUCAGUUGCCUUAUAAUGCAAGUGUUCUGUACCAGCAAAGCUUUCAACACAACUGACCAAUCGAUAAGGCCCGCCCAAUCAGUGUGAAAACUUUGUUCCUAUAUUUUUUUUAAAUGUAUAAAUUCUGGCACAGAAUGGAGAGAAUGUUUUGAAACAUUUUGCUCAGUUUUGUUUGGGUUUAGAAAAUAGAAUAAAAUAAAUUCCAUUGCCUAUCCUCUCAGGAUACCUGGAAUCACUGUAACAAGUAUCCCAGGAACAUCGUUUUCCCAUGUUUCCAUCUACAGAUGUCCAACUUCUGCUCCCUGUGCAACUGAUACUCGACUGCCAUUGGCUCUUCUGCGCUCAAGGGAAGGGGUUUACCUGAAUAAUGGUAAUUGCCAAAGUCAUUAAUUUGUGUCGGUGUACUGGGACUAAAAUAAGUCUAACAAAUUAAUAAAUUCAAUCUGUGAUCCGUUUAUUUUAACCCUCCCUCAGUCAUGUCAUGGCCAAAGUUAUUUUUCAGCACAGUAUUUAAAUUAUGAUAAAUAUGAUAGUUUGAACCACAUACUGAAGCAGUCACAUGAUUUUCAGGCGAAUAAAGCUUUGCAUAUCAAAGAUCAUGUGCUUUUCUCAAAACGAAUCAAGUUCUGAUACAGUGCUUCAAUAUGAAAUGUGUUGUUUUUUUUGAUACAAGCUUCGUAACAUCUCUAGUGAGCUGUAGCAUAUUUUUCAUGAAGACAAGAAGAUUUUUUUCUAAGUUCUUGUUCAGGAAACGGAAGAAGAGGCUGUAACUUCUGUUUUUGAAAUAAAUAGUUGUUCUUCAUUUAUGAUGUAUUUAGAAAACUAGGGUUAGUAAUGCUUGUUCUCUGUAGAUGUUUGUUUCUACAUUUUCUGUUGAUAGAUAGUUUGGUUUAGUUAACUUUAGUUAGUGGGAGUUUUUGUUUUGUUUAGUUUUUAUUUAAGCAUCUCUCUCGCUGCUUCCUCUCCUCCAAUCUGCUCCCGUCCAUUAUUCAUUGAUUGUAUAUAUUAUAUUUACUACUUCAUCCCCUUUAACCUUUUCUUUCAAUACUUUUAUCUCCCUUUCUCCUCUCCCUCUCAGCUGCAAGGGCAUGCCUGCUUGAAGUUGGCUCCUCAACAGUCUGGUCCAGAGGGCUUUUUGGUGGACUAUUUCAUUCAGCCAUCUAUUCUGCAUAGCUCUGGGCCCAGUUCCCCGAUAAGAAGACUCGAAAGAUAUAUCUUACCAAAGUUGUUUAUGUUCCUAAGUGUGUUCCCAGAAGUGUCCCUUAGGAUGCUUCUUAACACGCUGCCUCUUACGUUCCACUUACUGGACACCACCAUGCUUACUCAUUUAUAGAUCUUAGCCAUUUAUACCCAAAUUGUUUGCCAGAUUGUAAUUAUCAAAAGUGAUUGCCAAUUUAAACGCUUUAAUGACAUUACCAAAUAGCCUAGGCUAAUUACCACCAUUUUAGUUCUGAUACCACAUAAAAUCGACUUCAUAAAUAGGCCUGUAUCAAUUGCGAACAUAUUUUAUUAUUAGUCUUAAAAUAUCCAUAACAUAAAAUCAU